AUGACUGCUGGCGGAGCGAGAUACAGCUGGUCUGCACGGGAUCCGCGAACAAGGCGCGGCUUCCCCGUUGACACGCCGCAGUUUGAGCGACGAGUGCGCGACUUGUCGACGAGGCAGUCCAACCCUGACGAAGAGAUGAGCGCCGCCAACUUCUUCAUCCCUUCGCUUCCCGGACAGCCCGCCGACUCGUCGCUCACGAUGUAUGGCGGCCACAUCCCCUCUGCGCCGCCCAAGAACGGCGUGCCCGACACCGAGUCCGACGCUCACCUGUACUUCUUCAUGGUGCGGAACAAGCACAUCGCCGACACCGAGCGGACACUGCUCUGGUUCAACGGCGGACCCGGAUGCUCGAGUUUCGAUGGCGGCAUGAUGGAAAUCGGUCCCCACCGUCUCGUGCCGAAUGGCGACGGCAAGCUCGUCGAGGCAGAGGGAGCGUGGAACGAGUACGCCAACGUCAUCUUCAUCGACCAGCCUGUCGGGACGGGCUAUUCGUACAUGUCGACGAAUGAGUAUGUGCACGACCUGCCCGAGGCCUCAGCGCAUGUCGUAGAGUUUCUCAGCAAGUUCUACAACGUCUUCCCCGAGUUCAAGAACCACGACACCUACAUCGGCGGCGAGUCGUACGCUGGCCAGUACAUCCCCUACUUCGCCCAAGCGAUCCUCGCCUCUCCCCGUCUCCCAACGCGUCUCAAAGGUCUCCUGAUCGGCAACGGCUGGAUCGAUCCUUAUAACCAGUACCCGGCCUACCUCGACUUUGCGCUCCAGGCGGGCGUGAUCAAGGAGGGUUCGGACGCGGAGAAGGCGGUCAGGAAGGAGGUCAAGACUUGCCAGGAACACAUGGAUGUGAAAGUCAGCGGCGGGAUGGACAAGAUGCCCAUCCAUCUCGGAAUUUGCGAGAGGAUCUUGGGCGCCAUCACAGACUCGACGAUCCAGUCCGUCAACGGGCAGAACAUGUGCGUCAACAACUACGACGUCCGCCUCACCGAUACGCACCCCGCCUGCGGCAUGAACUGGCCCCCCGAUCUGCACGACAUGUACCCCUACCUCGGCCGCGAUGACGUCAAAUCCGCCUUUCACGCAACCCGCCACCCCGGUCCAUGGGUCGAAUGUAACGGCCAAGUCGGCGCGCAGUUCUAUACGCCCAAUAGCCGGCCGAGCGUACAGCUCCUGCCGGAGUUGUUGGAGAAGGUGCCGAUUAUGAUGUUCGCGGGCGCGGAGGAUCUCAUUUGUAAUCACGUAGGCAUUGAGCGGAUGAUCGAGAACCUUGAGUGGAACGGCGAGAAGGGCUUCGGGAAUGCGACGGCGGAAGAGUGGGUUGUCAACGGCAAGUCGGCGGGAACCUGGACUUCAGCUCGCAACAUGACCUACGUCAAGAUCACCGGUGCGAGCCACAUGGCCCCCUACGACGAGCCCCUCGCGACGCACGACAUGUUCCUCCGCUUCAUCGGCGUCUCGCUCCUCUCCGCCGCCGGUCCAGCAGCUCAAGUCCCCUCCCGAAUCGGCAACGAGAUCCCCGCCGUCCUCGGCUCGACCCUCCCGAACGGUACCGCCAUCGACUCGAGCUCGUCCGGCGGCCUCUCAGCCGAGAAACAACUCGACGGGGUAUCGUCCGGCUCGAGCGGCGACUCGAGCUCGUUGGGCUUGAAUAGCGGCGGAGGGAAACUCGGAUACGGAGGCGACGCAGCUCUGGAAGGACUCGUCCAUGCUUCAAGUGCGCUCGUACUUGUCGCGUUGAUGGCGGCGGCAUUCGCGCUAUUCCUGUGGUUCAGGAGGCGGACGCAGAGGUUGUCGCGCGGAGGGGAGGGAGGAGGAUGGGGAGCCCUCGGCGGACGACCAGGCGGGUUGAGCAAGCAUGCGCGGGCGAAGAGUCUGGGUCGAGGAGGCGGGCUCGGCCUGGGAGGAGUCGAGCACGAGGAGGAUGACAGCGAGGACGUCGAGGGACGACCUGGAGUUGGCGGGGACUCGCACGAGCUGGACGAGUUGAUGAGUUCGCGCAGGGCGGGUGGUGCGGGAGACGCAUACAGGGAUGCGGACGAGAAGCGGCGGCUAGCUGGUGGGCGGAGGGACGAGGAGGAAGAGGUCUUUGGGCUCGGGGACGACGAAGACGACGAGGACGAAGCGGCAGGCGGGAGGAAGGGCCGUCUCGACUAG